CAUUCACGAAUGCCUCUCUCCAAGGAGCUCACUUGGGUCCCCGCGCUCCUUUUAUGGACUGGGGCCUGGAGUUAAAAGCUGCAGCUGGCAGAGGGAUGAUGCUGGGGUUCCAGUUGCCCCGAUGACAGGCGGCGAAGACUAGGCUUGAGGCUAUCGUUAGGCCUCCUUCCACCGCAUCCUCGACCUCUACCACCCAGAAGGGCGAGGGUAUCAGAUGCAUGGGAACGCCGCCACCUGCAAGUUCCCCCCACCAAACCACACAUCAUCCUGGGGUAACCAACUUCUGGUGAAAAACUUAAGGGAUGCUUUGGAAACGGCCUGAACCUGUUAGGUAGGGGGUGCCACGACUGUAAGGGGUGGUGGGGAACGUGUAUCGGUUGCUGGUGCCAGGCUCCUGGGAGGAGAUCGUGAUACAUGCAGUGCAUGCACAAAUUUCACUGAUGCAGAAUACAUGACAGUGUCCCAGAUGGAGGCAACUUAGGAUGAAUGGUGCAAAUAAGGUAGACAAGUUCCUAUAUACACUUGGGUGAUGGCAAGUCGGUUUGUAAGGAAACUUACUGUAUUUGCCAGCAAGCAUAGAAUAAAAUUGCUGGCUGUUUCCUGUGGAGGGCUGUUUGUUGCCAAUGCCUUCUGUCAUGUUUUCCCCCAGCGGACAUAUGGAAAGUUGUACCAAGCUUGGUCAAGAGGAGUCCCUGCUCAGCUUUCAGACAAGUUGCAGGAUACUUUCCAAGAGGUGCUUAAAGAUGCUGGGGUGGAUUCAACACAGAAUUACACAGCGUUUGCUGCCUUCAGCUUUCAGCCAGUGAGUGCGGGCGUUCCUUGGUUACCAGCUGGUGCCAUCGUUGGCAUCCCUGCCAAUUUCAAUAGCACAGAUGACGAAGGGAAAGGGAUAACUAAUCGAAUUGUCAUGAUCAAUGGCAGGGACGUCAAGUGGGACAGUGAGGUUGGAAAAGCCCUCCGAGAAUCCCUCACCUUCUCAUCUGACGCACAGAAGUUUGCCAUUGCAAGAGAGAUUAUGUAUUUGCAAAGUAAUAGCCCCAUUAUUCAUUCACUGGUGGGAUCAGCCUGUUUAGCAGGCACGUAUCUGACUGGGCUGGCAGCAAAACAAGCCCUUGGCCUUUACUCUGGCCCUCUAUUAUUACGUGGCUUUUAUAACCUGUCUGUAGCAGCAAUAGGACUUGUGGGUUAUUUUCUUCUUUCUGAUGCAGUUAGUCACUGGCUUGACUACAGAUCAGACCGCCAAACAGCUACAAUAUCAAAGAACUAUGCAGAGGGAGGCAUUGAGUUUUACGAUAAAGUGCUUGCACGAAAUAGAACGUUUCGUUCUCUGCUGGGUAAAAAAGGAGUGGAAAUGUAUGCAACAAAUGGAAACCUGUUCCCAAAACACUGGUUCAGACUAAAACAUGCUCCAUAUACUUCCAGAAAAGAGAUGAUUGAAAAUACUCUGAAAGAUUGCUGGAUGUAAACCAGUGCACGGCACCUCAUCUAUCAACUUAAACAUUUACUUUCUCCACCACCAAUGUACAGUGACAGCAGUGUGUACCAUAUACAAGAUGCACUGCAGCAACUCAUCAAAGCUCUUUCAACAUCACCUUCCAAACCCUCAAUCAGUACCUAGAAGGACAAGAG